AUGAGCCACCUGGCACGGCAGGCUUUACUCUUGCGAAGGAUACGACAGAAUACCACGACCACAACGUUAUGCAUGGCAGGAAAGCGAUAUCAAAGUUCGGGCAAAGAGACCAAGGGCCAUCAUGACGAGACCAAGGCCGAAGCCAAGUCUUCUACAAUUCCUCCUCAGCAAAAGUCCGAGCAACCACAGCAACCACCGCAUACCGAGACGGCUUCUGGUUCUGGUCCCCAGCCGACUCCCGCACAUGAAUCAAUAGCAGAUUCCAUGUCUAAAUACCUUCACCUUCCUCACCUCCCCCAUCUGCCUCACCGGCCCACAAAAGAAGAGCUUCUGGCGGCAGCAAGCGGGUUCUGGUCGCGUCUCAAGGUCCGAUUCAAGUGGUUCUCCAUCAGGAGCAUGCGCCCCUGGAACGCCGACGAAUGGGGAGCGUUUGUGUCCUUCUUCUUAUUCGGUCAUUUGGUCUGGAUUCUUGUUGGCACGACUACCUUCUUCUCCCUCAUCAUCCUCUUCAUCAACACGGUGUUUGCCCAGGAAACGCUGGCCAAGUGGAUCGGAGACUACCUAACACAAUCUGCUGGCCUUACUGUUGUCUUCGAGUCGGCUAUUGUGCCCAAAUGGGGAGAUGGUGUCAUCACUUUCCGCAAUGUCUUUGUUUCUCGGAGACCUGGUCAGCCCAAGUCUUCCGUCAAGAAGGGUUCUUCCGAAGCUGCGGCCGAAGCAGCUGCUGCUAAACAAGCCGCCGAACAAGAAGGCACUGCCGUGGAAGAGGACGAUGGCAACUACACCCAGUUCGACGUCACUAUAGACACCGUGAACGUGGCUUUGUCUUUCCUUAAAUGGUGGAACGGAAAGGGUCUUCUCAAGGACGUCGAAAUAAAGGGUGUCCGAGGUGUUGUUGACAGGACUUCGGUUGUCUGGGGCAAUGAGGACCUCAACCCCCUUGACUUCAGACAGGAACAUAACCCUGGCGACUUUGAACUGGAUCACUUCAAGAUGGAAGACUUGCUGGUCACCGUCCACCAACCAGGCGGUUUCCGGCCCUUUUCCGUUUCCAUCUUCUCCUGCGAGCUUCCUCAGCUACGAAAACAAUGGCUGUUCUAUGACUUUUUGUCAGCAAAUCACAUGUCCGGAUCAUUCGAUGGAUCACUAUUCACCAUUCAUCCCAGACAGAUCCACGGUGUGUCCGCAGCAGAUAACGGCCGUCACCACCAAGACGAGUUCGGUUCUCCCUCGGCCUGGAAGAAGUUCUCCCGACUACGGAUUGAUGGGCUGAAGAUUGACCACCUGAACCGCGGUGUAGAAGGACCGUUUGGCUGGAUUUACGAAGGCAAUGUCGAUAUUAUUGCCGACAUCAUGUUCCCUGCGGACCCUGAGGAGGGUCUAAGCAAGGUUGUCGCCGAAUUUUACGACAAAAUGGAAGAAGCCGUAACCAGCAACCGCUACCUCAAGAUUCUAGACGGCAACAUUUCUCCCAACAGCCGAAGCAACACCAACAGCCCCACCCUUGAAAGCGGGCCAAUUCCGGAGUCUGCCUCUGACAUCGACCUCACCGGCCACCACGAUGAGCUCCCCACCUCGGAGCAGCACUUCCCCCCCUUGAUCCCUCCCGCGACUCCCAAAGAGCCAGCCCCCAUCGAAGAAACCCCCUCCUACCUAGUCAUGGACCUUCGCAUCCACCUCAACGACGUCCGCGCCGCUGUCCCUCUGUUCAACAACCCACACAUGAGCUACGUGAACCAAGCCCUAGUGCGGCCCAUCGUCGCCUACAUCAACGCCAAGCGCACCUACAUCCCCAUCAGCUGCCGGAUCGUAAAACGGCUGACGGACUUUGACGGAGCUUGGACCGUUUGGGACUGUGGGCUCAUGGACGACAUGAGCGCCGAAGUGUACCGUGCCUUUGCAAGAAACGUAGAGGAUCAACAAAGCAGAGUAAGGAGAUUCAAGCGUGUGGGACUGUGGACGGUCAGUCUCGUGGUACAUGCGUUGCUGGCUGGCGUAGCGGGAGAUUUGAUGUGAGCAGUCAUUGAAUAUGACACUCACGAUUAUAGACUAUUGCCUGUGUUUCAUCAGGCCGCAAGAGGAGAAGUCUUGUUUGUGACGAUACGGGGCUGUGUUGUACUAUCCUUUUUUUCUCUCUCUCCCUUC